GUGGUGGCAAGGUUAGUUUAAAUUUCGGUUUCGAUUUUUUGAGCGUUUUUUGUUCAAGUUCUGAUUUUGUAUAUCAAGAAAUUAUGGACAAUUUAUGUGAUUUUUGUUUUAAUAUACAUCAUACAUUUAUGAUUUUGUAUUUUUUGUCUAUUUUUUGUGAUUUUUUUUUCAAUUUUUAAGAUUAGGUAGAUUAUGAAAAGCCAUUGAUUAUCAAGGAUUCAAGCAGAUUUUUGAGCUAGGUUCAUUAUUAAAGCAGAAUCGUGGUGGCAAGGUUAGUUCAAAUUUCGAUUUCGAUUUUUUUAGCUUUUUUUUUUGUUAAAGUUCUAAUUUUGUAUAUCAAGACUUUAUGGACAAUUUAUGCGAUUUUUGUUUUAAUAUACAUCAUACAUUUAUGAUGUUGUAUUUUUUGUAUAUUUUUUGUGAUUCUCUUUCAUUUUUUAAGAUUAGGUAGAUUAUGAAAAUUCAUAUAUAUAGAAUCAUUGUUGUUUGAUGUUCAAUACGCAGUUGUUAAAAGAUUUUUUUUUCUUCAGAUUUUUGAAUUGUUGAAAAAAAAAUCAGUGUAUUGUAUGCAAUGGCUGAUUCAGUCAGAAUUACUAGAGGUAUAAACAACAACAUUCAAAAUUUUCUGGAAUUUCCCUCAUUUGAUUUGUGCAUUACUCAAGGAUUGAUCUAAAAUGUAGGAUUUGCGGCGAGAAUGACACAAGAGUAUGAAAUGGCAAUUGAUAGCUCUUCAAAAAAAAGUAAAGUGUCGUGCUAUAAAACCACUGUUGAUCAACAAAAAUAUCCAAGUGAUGAAGUAUUACGUCAUGACGAUGAAGAGGCAAAUGAAUUUUAUGUCAAAAAUAAACCAAAAAAAGCUCCCCAUAUUCAUUGUUUCUUUAAUCAUGACAUAAAAGCUGACUUGAUGAAGUAUUUACAUGGACAUGUAUACAAUGUAUUCUGUGAAAGCACCUGCUUUGGUAAUUAUUUGCAAAUGCAUCAAUGUCGUGUUCGCGGACAAAUACAUAGACGUUGCAUGGCUUUAGAACUCAAUUGUAGUUCUCGCCAAGCAUUUGUAAUGCGUGUAAAUGGAUCUACGUUGCGUUUUACUUUGAGAGAAUUUGCUUUGAUCAGUGGAUUAAAUUGUGUCAACGAAGAAACUGAUUUCAUCUUUGAUCAGUCAGAACCAAAUAGUUUCAUGGAAAAAUAUUUUGAGGGUGUUAAGUUGAUCAGAAAAAUUGAUAUAAUGAGGAGUUUUCAUCGAAAAGUGUGGGGGGAGAACUAUCAGGAUGGCCUGAAGUUUGCAAUUUUAUACUUCAUCCAGACAGUGAUUUUUUCCGGUGAAAGAGCUACCAAAAAAGUUCCUAGAUUAUAUUUUGAUCUUGUUAAAAGUGGAAGGUACAAUCAGUUUCCAUGGGGGAAAAAACUUUCUAUUUGCUGUUGAAGAGCCUGAGAUAGAGGUUGAAUGGUGAAAAACAAUUUUACAGAAUCGAGGGAAUGCCUAUUUUAUCCCAAGUAUGGUUGUUUGAAAGCAGUUCGAGUAUUGAUUUCCAGGUCGCUCAAAAGGUUGAUGACCAUAUUCCGAGGUUGCUCAACUGGCAGACGACCAAUGAGAGUAGUAGAUACAAGAAACUUAUGAACACCAUAUUUAGUGAUGUUAAUAACUAGGUACUUAACUUGGCAUAUAUUUAAUAAUCACCAAGUUGUAUGUUUUCUUAUUGGUUUUAUUUAUAAUAGUAACAAAAUGUUUGGAAUUCAGAUUAAAUGCAGGAACAUUACACCAAAUCAAAGGGAACUUGCAGUAUUGCAACUGCCACCGGAGGGUAUCGAAAAUCAAGCUCCACCUCAGUAUUCAGAUUCAUCAGAUGAUGAUCUAGAUGAUGAAAUAAUUGAUACAAAUGAUGAUCCACGAGAGGGAAGCUGUGACGAUAAAGAUUCUGAAGAUGAUUUUCAAGUAGCUCCUCCACAAGUAGUAAAGGUCAAAAGAAAAGGAAAUGUUGGUUCCUCAACGUUGCCUGUUAGAAAAAGGACAAAGAAGUGGUGACUGGUGGAUCCAAACAGGUUGCAAAAAAUUUGGAACCUCGAAUUGCUGUUAAACAGCCGAUGAAAAAGAAUGUUGCAUCAAAAAAGGUACUAAAGAAACUUAAGGUUAUUUUAAAACAAACUGAAUGUCUACAUGCAUAGCUAACAAAAAUACAACUUUUGAGUGAAUAUGAUAUUUUAGAGAACAAGCGGAUCUGAAGUGGAAGGCUGGGUGAA